GUAACUGGUGUUAUAGUAUUGUUAUAUGUACUUACGUUUCAUUUAGGGGCAGAAUUACCACAGGUAUCCACAAUGAUAUUUGCUGAAAAUUUGUCGGCUGGAUCAACAGAAGCUCCACCAGAGCCUGAAAAUUUUUUGACCAAAUCACCCAAAGCUCCACCAAAGUCCUUUCCAGGACAUAUUUAUCCUAAGGAACAAUUUCUCAAAGAACUACACGAUGAACCAUUUUAUAAGGUAACUGGAUUCAAUUUGCAACCAAUCAAUCCAGGGAAGGUUCCUUAUAACACAACGGUAUUCCAACAGCUACAAGCGAAAGUUCCUUAUGAUCCUACUGUUUCUAUUCCCAAAAUGGUUUGGCAAAUGUGGAAAGUACCACUUGAUCACGAAGAGUUUCCAGGCGAUUAUAGGGACUAUCAUCAAACAUGGCUAGAUAAAGCUUCCGAUUAUGAACAUAUUUUUAAAACCAAUGACGAAUAUGACGCAGUCGUGAAUGAGCUAUACGCAGACAUCCCCGAAGUACUUCACGCAUAUAACAUCUUACCUCAAACAAUUCUCAAGUGUGACUUUUCUAGAUACUUGCUUUUAUACGCAUAUGGAGGGAUUUAUGCUGACUUGGACACAAUUUUGUGGAAACCAAUUGAUACAUGGAUCACCAACCAAAAGCUGUAUUUGCAUAGACCACUUGAUCCUGGUAUCAUUGUUGGAAUCGAGAAUGAUGAAGGGGCUAGAAUUAACAAUUGGACCAUUCUUUCCAAAAAGGGACACCCUAUGCUUGCAGAACUUAUUAAUCAAAUUACCGAACAUACAUUGUGGAGAGAGGAAACAGGUCAACUAAAGGCAAUCUUUAGAAACCCCAGAGAUAAUGUUAUUGACUGGACUGGUCCAGGACGGUUUACUGACAUGACAUACAAGUACUUGAAUAAUAUUCUUCAAACUGAUUUUGAUCGCUUUGAAACUAUUAUUGAAUAUCCUCUUUUGGAAUACAUAAGAAAUCCAUUUGUUUUGGGUGAUAUUAUGGUUUUACCAAGAAGUUCUAUGCGCGCAGAGUACAACCCCGAAAACGAUCCGUUAGCCUACAUCAGUCAUAACUUUGCUGGAGCCUGGAAGGCCGAUCAAGAUAAAGAGGAAGAGGCGGAGAACACCGCUGUUGUUGCUGCUGCUGCUGCUGCUGAAAAUACAGAGCAAGAAUAGAGAUACCUGUGUAUUUUUUUUCUAGUUUUUAUUCGUUGCCUCAUAAUAGGAAUAUCCAAAUCUAUCUAUUCUAAUUACAGUUGAUAUACUCCAUAAUUUGUAUACCUCAUAGUUUUUUUUAAAAAUAUAUUGUUGCUUGCACUC